AUGAUUGCAAAUGCCAACUUGAAUCUUGUUUCAGCCAUUUAUGUAUUGUCAUUCGUGUCAACAGUUUAUGGACUGCCAAUCCAUUUCCCAAAAGGUGAAGCUUUAAAGAGAAGAGCCGAUAGUCUUUUCGAUAGACUCCAAGACGCAGCCAAUGGAGUAUUCAAUGGAAGAAAUCAGACUUUAUCUGAGUCUUCUGAGUCCUCAACCUCGUCAAGUUUGUUUACGGGAUUUUUCACCAGUGACUCAGCAAUAGAUGGAGAUACAGACAGUUCGACCUCGUCCCAAGAGCAAGGAAAAAUCAGUAACAACAGAGACAAUAGUGAAAGUAGCAUUGAAGAUGAGUAUACCUCGAUUGCCUCAACAAGUGUAGGUACCACUAGUGAAUAUCAAGAGACAUCAUCAAGGAAUGGACCUUUUUACCCAACUACUAGCAGUUUUGCAUCACCUGGCAAAGAAGCUUCUUCAGCAACAACACAAGAUCAACCAACAUCUUCAACUGUUGAAGCCGCAACAACUAGAGUGUCAACGUCAUCCAGAAAUGACGAGUCACUUACUGCUGCCACGUUAGCAACUAACAAUGAGGAGACGACUUCGACAGGCGAUGUGAAGACAAGUUCAGCAAACAAUGAGCAAACUAGCUCGACCAACCAACCAACAACACCAACUACCAACAACGAUCAAGCGAGCACAUCAUCACCAGGUUUCACUGCUGAAGCUACCUCAAAUAGGAACAGCGAAACCGUGUCUGCAAAUUCAUUACCAACAACUUCAAGUGCUUCACAAGCGGAGGCUCCGACGACCCAGUCGACUCCACUGACUGCCAAUGAAGACACCACAAGAGAUGCAACUACAUCAUCUGGCAGUACCUCAUUAGUUGAACCAACUGAAUCAUCACUUGAAUCCGUUACUGCAGCAGGAACUACUUCCGGCGAUUCUUCAUCCAAUAAUGACGAAGCAGCAGUCACAACGUCUACAGACGCAACUAGCUCCGCAAUUGACAGUGCACCAUUAGUUGAACCCUCAUCAUCUUCGUUCUCAAGCACAUUUUCAACUGAUUCCGCAGCUGGUGACUCUUCAUAUAUUGUUCAGUCUGCCACCACUUCACCUGAAAAUUCACUGCCCGAAGCCUCCACUCAAGUGUCCACAAGUCCACAAUACACAGAUUUAGCAAGUCCAUCCACGACCUCGAUUGCUCCAACAACCUCAAGUGAACUUGAAACAACUUCUUUGGCAUCUGCAUCUGAAGCUACCUUGGACUAUUCAUCACCUGUUGACUCCUCACCUGUCGCUUCUUCAUCGUUUGUGCCAGCUCCAAGCUCUGAUGAAUCGCUGGCUACAUUCACUGUUCAAGCAUCAUCAAGCACGUUGAAUGAGGCAUCACCUGAAUCACAGUUAGCAGCUUCUCCAACUUCCUCAAUCAUCAUUGAACUGAUUUCGUCAUCUACUUUUGCUGAACCUUCAACAUAUUCGGCAGAACAACCUACAAGUGUUGCAAGCGUUGAGUCAGAGAUUUCACCAACAAGUGUCGUUUCGUUUGUUCCCGAGUCAUCUUCCCCAUCGGUAGUUGUACCACCAACUACUCUGUCAGCAGAGACAUGGAGCACAGUGUCACCAUCUGAUUUUGAAUUCACAUCAUCUGCUGCCACCUUUGAACCACUGCAAUCCGAAGUUGCACCAACAACUUCUGCAGAAUCGAUUGUCAUCACAAGUCCAAUUGAAAGUUCGUUUGAGCUGCCAAUUGUGACAUCUGCAGAGCCAUCAACUGAAUCGUUUGUUUCACCAGUAGUCACAUCGGCAGAGCCUUCGACAGAGUCAAUUGUUUCACCAGUAGUGACACCAGCAGAGCCAUCAACAGAGUCAGUCGUCUCACCAAUUGUUUCUUCUGCUCAACCUACUACAGAAUCAUUUGUCUCGCCAAUAGUGACAUCUGCAGAGCCAUCAACUGAAUCGUUUGUUUCACCAGUAGUCACAUCGGCAGAGCCUUCGACAGAGUCAAUUGUUUCACCAGUAGUGACACCAGCAGAGCCAUCAACAGAGUCAGUCGUCUCACCAAUUGUUUCUUCUGCUCAACCAACUUCAGAAUCAUUUGUUUCACCUAUAUUGACAUCGGAAGCGCCUUCUUCAGUGGUGACUUCAUCGGCACCAAUUGUAUCUGCCGUUGAACCUUCUUCAGUCGAAUCCUUGGUAUCACCAGUAAUUACAAGCCAACCUUCAACCGAGUCUAUUGUAUCGCCAGCUGCAACCACUCCUUCUCCAAUACCAUCGAGUGAAACGUCAGUAGCUCCAUCAAUAGUUGCAUCAUCGGAGCCGGUAUUUGAAUCUCCAAUCACGACAGCGGUUGAACCAUCGUCAGAAAUCUCAUUGGCAUCGCCCAUUGAAUCGACUCCUGGUGAACUGGUUACAUCUUCGCAGGUUUUAGGAACUCAGGCUAGUAAUUUGCCAGAAUCAUCAAACGGAGUCUCAAGUGUUGAACAAGCUACCCCUGCCACUGAAUCAUCAGCAACCGCUUUGAUUUCUGCAUCUGAAGCGUUGGGGUCUUCAGCAGUAACACCAGCAACUAGCGAGUCACGUGCGUCAAAUAUUGAAUCUGCUUCCGAUAUUGUUGCACCAGCUAGUAGUAGCGCUGCUGCAAGUCAUUCCAGUGGCAUCAACUCGGACAUUGUUGCUUCUCCUUCACUUGCAGAAUCAGCGUCUAGGUCGGUGGAGUCGGGCCACUCACCAGCUUCGUCUGCACCAGCUUCAGUUUCUCCUGUAGUGACUUCAGCGCCAACUUCGGAACCAGGUUCUUCCGCUACAGCUGUUGCUCCUGGAUCAAGCUCGGCUACCAAGACUACAAAGAACUGGUUGCCAUCUUCGUUGGUAAUGGCGCUGAGCUCAAGUGAUGAUUCAAGUGCAGAAACCGAUAGUGAUCAUUCGAAACCAACUCCAUCAUUGAGCCCUGGUUUACCUAGAGCUAUUGCUCCCGAACUGACCAGCACCCCAGGUGAAAACUACGAUGUGAUUACAGUUGGUUUCAAGUCUGCUUUGAACUAUCCAUUUGUUGUCAAUAACACCAUCACGUCCGCUCAAAUUUUCGAAUAUUUGCCUGGUGUAUUGACUUAUCCUUUUGACGACGACAAGAAAUUCAAUGAUACCGUUGUCAAACAAUUGAUUCCAUACCAAGCUGCCAACAUUGAUUAUACCAUUACGGUUGCUGAAGUAUAUUUCCCUACAAAUUACAUCAAAAAAUUGGGUCAAUAUAUCAACAAUCAAAACUCGGCGUUGUACAAGAACCCAAGUGGAAUUGAAAACACCUUGGCUUCUUUGAUUGAUCCUAGAAUUCCGUUGACAGGGUUAGUUGAUACCUCUCAACUGAACUCGGGUUCAUCUUCGAGUGGAAAUGGACAGACUAAUAAGUAUGGUUCAAUGGAUGCAUCUUACAGCGGACAGAAGAUCACCAACAAGGGUAGAAUUGCUGGAAUCACAGUUGGUGCAGCUGCAGGAUGCGGAUUAUACAUGUCACUAAUGAUUCUUUUGUUCAGAAGGUUUAGAAAGAAUAUUAAGAAUAUUGAAUUACCACCAACUGACACUGAAUCCGACUACACUGUGUCUAGUGAAGGCUCAUCAGUGACUGAAGGAGUUACUACUACAGCAUCUACUAGAAACACUACUUCAUCACCAUUUGAUUUCAAUUAUGGUGGAAUUAAUAUACCGCCACAAGAAUACCCAGCACCACAAUUCCGUGUAGAUGAUGAAGACACGGCGCAAUACAUACAAAACCCAAGUUACCAACCUCAAUAUCCACCACAAGUUCAACAUAUGGAUAGCAGGAACAAUUUCGUAUGGCCAUAA